AGCAAUGAUAGUGGAGAUGGCGCACGAUAUCCAGACUUGAAUCAAGCUGCUGCAGCACCAGCAGAGGAAGGGAGACCUGUGACAGGCGGGCCAUACAGUGAGCCUCCACCAGCGUACCACACAGCAAUGGGCUAUCCUACUACACCUUAUCCAUCAGGUGGCUUGCCGAACGCACAACAUCCACCUUAUGCACCGAAACCCUAUCCGCAGUAUCCCGUUCCGAACCAACCUCCUAUUUAUCAUGCAAUUCAUACUGUCGGUGGCAAUCAGCAAUCACAGCAAGUGCCGGGCACGACUCAUGUGGUUGUCGCUGUCAGCAACGGAUCCAUCUGCCCUUUUUGUAACGUCGGAGUUGUGACGAGAGAAACCGAUAUGUGCUGUCUGAUUUGUUUGAUUCUGUUGACAAUUUUCACCUUUCCGUUCGGCUUAGUAUUUCUUUGUUGCUUGCCUUGCGCGAUCACUCGCCGUUGUUCUAACUGUCUUAGAACCAUGUGA